GAAGAAGUUGAGUUCAGUGCGAAAGAGAGAGAGAGAGAGAGAGAGAGAGAGAGAAGGAACUGUGAAGGUGAACGGAGAUGAUGAUCGGCGAAGUCGCUCGCUCGAAUCCGACUGUCCAGAUCCCGCCGUGGGAUCCUUAUGACGAUCUGACGGCCGGAGUCCACUCGCCCUACUCGGUCCCCAGCCCCACGGGGGACUACCUCGCCGCGCUCCACCGCUACCUGCCCUCCAACGAGCCGGACUCUCUCGAGCCGGAGCAGGCCGACCCCGAGCUCCUGAACGAGUUCCUCUGUGACCACUUCCGCAUGUACGUGUUCAAGGUGAGGCGGUGUGCGCGGGGGAGGUCCCAUGACUGGACUGAAUGCCCGUACGCCCAUCCCGGCGAGAAGGCCCGCCGGAGGGACCCCCGCCGGUUCCAGUACUCCGGCACCGCGUGCCCUGAUUUCCGCAAGGGUGUUUGUAAGAAGGGAGAUUCAUGUGAGUUUGCGCACGGGGUGUUCGAGUGCUGGCUACAUCCCGAUCGCUAUCGUACCCAGCCCUGCAAGGACGGCCCCAACUGCCGCCGCCGUGUCUGCUUCUUUGCCCAUUCGCCUGACCAGCUCAGGAUUCUGCCUCAGCAGCCGAGCCCCGGCUCGGUGGAGUCGGACUACAGCUCCCCAGGACGACUUGGUCCCGAUACCCACCACCUGACCAAACCUGGCUCCUUCCUAUCCUCCCCCACCUCUAUCCUGACCUCCCCACCUAUAUCCCCUCCCUCAGACUCCCCGCCCAUGUCCCCAAGUGGGCUUAAUUCCGUGAGCGAGCUGGUUUCCUCGAUGAGGGGAUUGAGCUUUGGGAAGGCUAAGUUAAGCCAAAGGGCCCACUUUGCGUCUGGGUUUGGGCCAACCCGGUGCUCGACCCUCCGCCCUGGAUCUUACAUGGGCAACCUCAUGCCAUCCACCCCAACGCGAUCUGGUCUGGGCGGUGGGUUUGAUCUCUUGGAGAGCCCCUUCAAGGAGGAGCCGGCAAUGGAGAGGGUCGAGUCAGGGAGAGACAUCAGGGCCAAGAUUUACGCAAAGCUUAGCAGGGAGAACUCCCUCGAUCUGGUGGACGCUCCUGGCUCUGGUCCUGAUGUUGGGUGGGUGUCCGAGCUGGUGAAGUGAGACUUUGGUCGUGCAAGACCGAUUUAGCAACGAGUUUUGGAUACGAAUUUUUUUUUUUUGUGGAAGAAGAUGGUUCGAGGGUUGAAGGUGUCGGCGGCCCGAGGAGAUUCUUCUGAGAUGUGAAUAUUUUGGCUUUCUAGCACUUUUUUUCAUGGAUGACUGUAAAUACUAUGAUGAUUGGAGGGGAAGAGGGGCUCAAGACCCAUUGAAGAGUCUUGUUUUGUGGUGGCUUUUCUCUUUUGUUUCCAUGUAGAAGAAGAAGAUGGUGAAGACGACGAUGGAGGAAUUGUACAGCGCUAGGAGGGAUUAAUUUGGGCUGCCGAAGAAGACGAGAACGGACUACCGGCUGGCUUUGCUUAAUUAUUAUUAUUAUUAUUAUUAUCAUCAUCAUCAUCAUUAUCAUUGUUAAUUUUGUAAAUUGUUUUUUGCCUGUAAUUUGCUUUGAAUCAUUAUUGUCUAAGCCCUGUGUUUGUGCCUACUGAUCAAUAUAAUGUACAUAUUCCACUUCUCCGGUCC